UUUGUCACACAUAAUAUGGUUUCCAGUGGUGGCAAUAACUAUAGUUAUUUUAGUUUUAAGUUAUCUGUGAACGGCAUUAAUUCUUUCUUAAGUUUUGGUAAAUAUCUUGUACUUUUCCCUCUUCUAAUUCAUAACAUAAUCAUGGGAAAUAUAUUUGCAAAUUUGUUCAAAGGCCUUUUUGGUAAAAAAGAAAUGAGAAUUCUGAUGGUUGGCUUAGAUGCUGCUGGUAAAACCACAAUUCUCUACAAACUGAAACUUGGUGAAAUUGUUACUACUAUUCCAACUAUAGGUUUCAAUGUGGAAACAGUUGAAUAUAAGAAUAUUAGUUUUACUGUAUGGGAUGUAGGUGGUCAAGAUAAAAUUAGACCUCUAUGGAGACAUUAUUUCCAAAAUACACAAGGUCUUAUAUUUGUGGUUGACAGCAACGACAGGGAACGUGUUGGUGAAGCACGAGAAGAAUUAAUGCGUAUGCUAGCAGAAGAUGAGCUGAGAGAUGCUGUUUUGCUGAUAUUUGCUAAUAAACAGGAUUUGCCUAAUGCUAUGAAUGCAGCAGAGAUAACUGACAAACUAGGUCUUCACUCAUUAAGAAAUCGCAAUUGGUAUAUUCAAGCUACAUGUGCAACCAGUGGUGAUGGGCUGUAUGAAGGUUUGGAUUGGCUUUCAAAUCAGCUAAAAAAUCAAAAGUGAUUUAUUUAUGAAAUUAAAAUUGAAAUCUGGCACAUACAUUUUUGUGGACCACAUGUUAAAAAAGAAGAAAAGGGGGUUAUAUAUAUACAUAUAUAUAUUAAAAAAAACUUGGAGAAACACUAUGGUUAUGUCAACUGCAAUUUUUUAAUAUUUAGUUUUUGUCACCUCCAUUUAAUUGAUAAAAAAUAGUUUCUGUAUAAAUAUUUGCUCACAUGUAUUUUGAUUAUCUGUAUAUAUUUUGUGCAACAUGUAAGGGAAAAUUUUUUUUCUUUGGCAGAUUGUCCUGUUAGUAGAUUUUUUUAACUAUUAAAAUAUUUCUUAUUGUAGACUUA